AAAAUCCAUUCAAAGAUGGCUCGAGGUCGAGGGGGUGGGGGCUCUCGAGGUCGAGGGGGUAGGGGCUCUCGGGAUCAAGGCAGGAGAUCUUUUGGAAGGGGGGGGAGGAAAAAUACUAAUGACCUCGCACGGAAAAGGAGACAGUAUCAAGAAUUUGGAGAGGCCCAUCCAGUUGAAGAAAAGGAUUUAAACCUGAAGAGAAGAAAGGUGGAAGACACAGAUGAGACCUUAGAAGAUGAACAUCAGUCUGAGUCAUCUGAUGACAGUUCAUCCAGUGAGGACGAGGCAGGAGCGGGUGAUGCAGUUUCUAAACUUCUUGCCACUUUCAACACCACUGCCCACAAGGCCAUUGACAGUGAUGAAGAGGAGGAGGAGGAGGAGGAUGACAGUGAAGAUGGUGAAGAUGAAGAGGAUGUUGAGGAGGAAGAAAGGGAAAUAGAGGAAGAAGGAAUGAUAGGAGAUGAGCUUGGAAGUGAAGAGGAGGAGCAUGGUGAUGAAGAGGAUGGUGAGGAGGAGGAGGAGGAAGAGACAGAUGGGGAAGAAGAGGAUGAAGAGGUAGAAGGAAAAGAGGGAGUAGAAGUGGAUGAAGUAGUGGAGGAGGAGGAAGAUGAAGCAUAUGGAGAAGGUUCAACAGAUGAAGAUGAAAUGGAACCUGAACAAGAUGAUAAUGAAGAGGAUGAAAUAGAUGAUGAGGAAGAUGAGGAGAGCGCUUCCUUUGUAGAAGACCCAUUCUCCAAACAUUUUGAGCGCAACAUGAGUGAUUCUGUUGCUGACCAGGUGAAAGACAGGAAGAAGUGGACGUCAAAAUUUGAAAAAUGGCCUGCACUAGGGAGAGUGAAGGUGGAAGUUCCUUCUGUCGAGAUGACUGUCCCCAAGUUGCUUCUCCUCUCUGAUAAGGCUGAAGCAGAUAGCGAUCUGAACAUUGGCACUGUGCCGAAGAUCCCAAAGAAGAAGGAUUACAAACUGCAGGACUAUUUUGUCAGAAAGUUGCUAUGUGAGAAUCUCCCACACGCCAAUUUCGAUGGCAACUCCACAUGCCCCACAAGCCUCACCGAGACUCAGAAAGAGAUCCUGGCCAUCCUGUCCAAUUAUUCAGACUUGUACUUCCCUGAGGCAUCCCAUGAGAGGUGGGAAGAGAUCCGGACAGUGUACACACUUCAUGCCGUCAACCACAUCCUAAAGACCAGGAAAAAGGUGCUCAAUCACAAUGGCAAGAUCAACAAGGCCAAGCUGGAGAAGAGACAUGAAGACUUGGACUGUUACCGUGAUCAAGGCUUCACCCGACCCAAAGUGCUCAUCCUCCUGCCUUUCAAACACACAGCCUAUAGACAAAUCACAAGCGUUUCAAGCAGGACUUUGGGCCAGGAAGAGAGGACGAGGCCGAAACCGGCGAACAAGCUCAAUAGACCAGAUGACUUCAAUGAGAUUUUCAAAGGGGACACCAAGGAGGACUUCAAAAUUGGUGUCCAGCUGACCAAAAGCAGUGUGAGGCUCUAUGCUCCCUUCACCAGCUGCGACAUCAUUCUGGCAUCACCCCUUGGCCUUCGUUAUGUCAUCGGCGACUCCUUUUCAACUACCACUGCUGCGGAUUUCCUGACAUCAAUUGAAGUUCUUAUUCUUGAUCAGGCAGAUGUCUUUAUGAUGCAGAACUGGGAACACAUCCUUGUUAUUAUGGAAGCCCUGAACAAGCAGCCUCGAAACAUCCAGGAGCUGGAGACAGACCUCACUCGGAUCCGCCUCUGGUCCCUCAAUGGCCAUGCUCCCCUGUAUCGCCAGACGCUCCUCUUUUCAGCCACAGCCAUCGACCAUAACAGAGCACUUAGCAGCAAAUGCACGAACUUUACUGGGAGACUACAGGUGCUAAACCCUGUGACAAAUGGCUCAGUACAAGAGGUCCUCGUGCCUUCAGAGCUGAUCUUAAGCCGCUUACCUGGCAUGCGCGACCCAGAUGUCCGCUUCAACUACUUCAUUCAGGAGUUACUCCCGCAGUUCCAAAGCAGUCGCCGCUACCACACUAUGCUCUAUAUCCCAGACUACUGUGACUAUGUCCGCUUAGUGCGCUACCUGAAGGAGGAUGGAGGCACCAGCAUGUCCACUAUUAAUGAGUAUAUGGUUGGGCAAAACAACAAGGUGGCCAAGGCUCGCAGUCAGUUCUUUGAUGGGAAGCGCCAGUUCCUGCUGUAUACAGAGCGAUUCCACUUUUAUCGUCGUUACCGCAUCAAGGGCGUCAGGCACAUUAUCUUCUACGACCUCCCAACAUAUCCGCACUUUUUCCCCGAGCUAUGCAAUCUCAUGGUUGAAGGCAACCAGAACCCCCGAAAGAAGCACAUUGGAAGCAGCACCGUGACAGUCAUGUAUCAGCGCUCUGAUAUGACGAAGCUCAUCGGCGUAUUGGGCUCAGCAAGGGCUGCAGAGGUGAUGAAGUCCAGCAAGGCAGUUCAUCUGGGCCUUAUAGGGAGAUAGGGGCAUAUUCGUUUUUAUAUUCUAAAUGCCAUUGUUGAAAAAAAGUUAUGGAAUGUAUAGAUUCUUUACAUUUAUAAAAUAAAAUACUGAAAAAAUG